AUGCCUGUGGCAAACCCCGUGACCUCUUCUCAGCCCAAGACUCAGAUUCCUGGUUCUCGACCCAUGGGCGGCCUCGAGAUUGGCCUCAUGGCGGGCUCCAUCGUUUUUUUCGUCGUUUUGAUUUCCUCAAUCUUUAUCGUGCGAGGUCUCGACCAGCGCCGUCGAGUCAAAGAAAUGAUGCGACGAGCUGAAGAGGGCAACGCGGGGGUCAAGGGUGAACCCCAGACCUCCCAGGACGAUAACAUGCCAGGACAUGGCCAGCACGAAGCUGCCAAGCACCACCUCUGGGGAAAAUUAGUGGCCAAUCUGAAGACCUAUCUGUAUCGCCUGAGAGCCAACCAGGAGAAGGUCGGAAAUGUCUCAGAGGCCUCAUCCAACACCAAGGCUGGCCAGACAAACUAG